AUGACCAUCAGUAUCGCACUUUACAGAACUGCUGGUCGCUUCCCACGAGCCGUAAACAAUUUAGUGAUACCUCCUCCUGUUCCCGAGAAAGUAUUGGUGAUUCCUCCUCCUCUACCGAAACUUGCUGAACGCCAGCAACUGGAGAUACUGAAAAGCGAUAAGAAACGAAAGACUUGGCAACGAGUGAAGAGAGGCUCCGUUAUUAGAAGAGUUCACCAUACAAAACAAUCGAUAUCGGUUUUAGGUCUAUGGGAAGCCAAUCCGGAUAAUCCACACAACAGAGACCACGCAAACAAAUGGUGGUAUAAACCUUAUUCAGUGACUGUAGACUGGAUGGGUGGUGAGGUUGCUUCCGGUGGUCAUUGGGCAGUGCCAGCAGCAGGCGUCGGAGGUACCGAUCUCUACGAGGGGGUGUUCUUCCCUUCCGUUGGAACAUUCCUAGGAAUUCCUGACGACUACGAUUACGAUUAG